AUGGAAUUAGCAAAAAUUGAAGUGGAUAAGGAAACAGAGAAAUGGCAGAAUGCUCUAAUAUUAUACGUAGUAGGUAACACACCUACGACCGGAGCUCUGGAAAGAUUUGUUGCUAGCCAAUGGAAUUUUGUGGUUAAGCCGAUGAUAUUUUACUAUAAUGAGGUAUAUUUUGUAAUAAAAUUCACUAAUAUGGAGGAUAGAGAUGCAAUUCUGUUUUCUGGGCCCCAUACGAUACGCAAUAAACCUAUAAUCACUAAAGUUUGGGCGCCUGAUUUUAACUUCAAGGAUGAAACUCUAAAAACUAUUCCUCUGUGGGUCACUUUGCCAAAUCUGCCAUUGAAUUGUUGGAGUGCUGAUUCACUGAGUAGGAUUGCGAGUGGGCUAGGGGUUCCGUUGUACGCUGAUGAGUGUACAACUAAAAUGGAAAGGAUAUCGUAUGCUAGACUUCUAAUCGAAAUGGAUGUAACAGUACCUAAGAAAGUAUGGCAAGUAAAAGGGGCAGCAGGGCAAAUACAUGAAAAAGAGAAAGAGAAAGAGACAACAAUCACUACUGAAAACCAAACAGUAGCAGGAAACAAUGAUGGAUGGAAGAAAGUUAAAGGAAAAUCAGCAGCAAAUCCAACAAACGUAACAGAUGAAGGAAGGAUGAGUAUAACAAAUGGCUUUAAUAUCCUCAACAAACAUAAUGAACAUGAACAACAAUCUGAUCAAGGCAGAGUAGUUGAGAGAGGCCAAUGUAGCAGGAGUGAGAAUACAGGAGUAGUGCAAAAUCUAUUCAAUCAACAAUGA